ACACAGGUUAGCAUGCAUCAGGUUCAGAUGCCUUCAUAGCUUCGAUGACGGUUGCUCUCCAUCCUCAGCAUCACCAUGGCAACAUGGUCCUCAGACAGGAAGAACACUGGAUGAUCUCACUGCUGUCUUCUCUCCUUUGUCUCCCAUUAAACUACUAGAAGGGAGACCAAACUCCUCCCCCUGCUGGAGGGUGUGUGACCUGCAGCACCAUGUUAGUCCUUGUGGACUCCUGUUUGUCUCCAAGUUAUUGAAUUGACUUCAGAUGUUUUUGUGCUUUAGUUUUAUUCCUCGGGGUUAUUCUGGUUCUGGUCAAUUCCCUUUUGCUGUUCAACUUUUCGGUUUACCCGUUUGUUUAGUCAUGUCCUUUUCUGUACUAUAAUAAUAAUAAUUAUAAUAAUACAUUUUUUUAAUGCCCAUCACAUCUUGAGAUCUCAAAGGGCUACGUUGUGUCACUGACAGGCAUCAGCAGAAUUAAUAAAUCUGUUCUUUUAUCAAGUUCUGGUCCAUGUGAACAGAACUGUUCACCUACUGUCUAAGAUUGCAAUAAAGACUUUAGACCCUAAGCUUUGUUUUAAACUGAGCUGCAGUGACCCGGUUCAGGUUCUGUUCAGUCAUCAUCUGUGUUUUGAUCCAUUCAGGGUUCAUUCCCCUGCAGUUUGCUGGUUGAUGGCCCAGCUGGAAGCGAUAUUGAGUGGUGUGGGAGGAGCUUGUUUUCUCAAACAAAUUCUCCAUCUACCUACAGCCAGUAUCCAAUAGCAAUUCACCCCGAGACACAAACAUACUCGUCCAAUGUACAGAAGUACCAAAACUCCAUCAAACAGAUUGAACUUAAUCCUGGUAAUUUGACGUUACAUCAAGUUCAGGUUAUGAUGGUGAGUAAACCAGACAUUUACUGGCUUCAUCAAGUGGCAGUAGAAAGAAAUAACAUCCAUAUAACAGGAAUAAAACCUCCUUCAGGCCAGAGCCUGAAUUAGCGCGAGCAAACAUCUUCUACAACCAAAGCUUAGAGAAGUCAGAUGCUGUCAGAGGAAGCACUGACUUUCUAUAGGGAGAAGUAAUACAUCAGGGACUCCUUCAUUGUUGAGAAACAGGGAAGCAGAUAAAUGCUGAGUCUGGAAGAACAUCUCUGGAUGGAGAACAGAGAAUAUGUGGAUGGUGGCAGCAGUGAGGGAGGAGUCACAACAUCUUAUCUGCUCAGAUGAAUCCAGCCUGAUAGCAUCAAUAACAACUAACAAAGUGGAACAUUUUAAUAUACAGAUGUUAUGUUACUCCAGGCUUAUGAAUAGCCUGGAGUUGUUUAUUCAUUUAUUUAAGAGAUUUUGCUGUGAUGUGGAUCACGUGAGUCACGUGAUCCUGCUGCUGGAUCCUAACGGGUCUUCCCGCCGGAGAUGCGGUGGGUUUCAUAGAGAGAAGCUCCGACCACAGGAUGCGCCGCCUGUUUCACCGGCUGACAAACGAUGCGUAGUCACAGAGUCUUGCUGAAUCAGCCAAUCACAGACGUCGCUCUGCCCGCUGUCAUUAACUGACAGGACAUCGGACCAAUCAGAGCAGCUCUAGGCAAGCGGCCGUGGAGCAGGAGGGCGGGGCUUCAUCGCCACUCAGUAGAUCAACGGAACAAAAUGGCGGCCGUGGCUGCGGAGCCAGGAGCUGCGGUUCCGACCACAACACGGUCCGAGAUUCUGCCGGAACCCGGACCGUACAGCCCCGCACAUCACGAGAUUCCGGCGGAACCCAGCGACGGCCCAGAAUCCAGUCCAGGCGGGAACCCAGACAACGGAGAAUCCAGGGAGAGCCGCCAUGUUGGUCCGGAGCAGAACCCCGGGGCGGGACCGGUUUUACCCGCGACAGACAGAACCAUAGAGGGUCAGCUAGACCGGAGCGGGACCACAGAGGAUGUGUUGAACCGGAGCGGCGUCCACCCGGAACAAACCGCGACCACAGGCCUUUCGAACCUCCCGGUGGACUGCAGCGGUUCUGAGAGGGUCUUUCCCGGACUGCCGAACUCAGGUAGUACCAGUACCUAUCAAACCAUUCCCCUGGACCCGCAACCCCCCGCAGUUUUUCUGCACUCGGUUCCGGACCCCGCUCCGGUCUCUGAGGCCGGUCUAUCUCUGGCCGAACCGGCAGAACCUACCGAGACCACGGAACUGGACCGGUGUUACACGAUUCUGGAGCAGGAGGAGUUGGUACCUGGACCUACGGAGGAUUCAGUUUUGGAUGAGAACUCAGAAUCCGCCAACGGGUUCUGUAAGAGCUCAGCGAGACCGAAGCUCGAGGAUAGCUCUGGGUCGGAACCGAGUUCUGUGCUGGACCUGAGUCCUGGUGCCGAGGUCCGAGUCAGCCUGGAGCACGUGAUCGAUGACGCGCUGGUGGUGUCGUUCCGGCUGGGGGAGCAGGUCUUCUCUGGGGUUCUGAUGGACGUGUCCAAAAGGUUUGGACCUUUUGGGAUUCCUGUCACCGUGUUUCCCAGACGAGACGACCGCUGCCGUCCUGCGGCGUCUCUGCAGAUGGCCGCCGCUAGCGACAGGCCGCGCACCGAGCUGGAUGAGGCAGCCGCCCCCCAGCCAUGCGGCCCCAAGCCGCCACCGCUGUUCCAGGAGGGGGCGCCAUACCCACCACCUUUGUUCAUCAGGGACACCUACCACCAGGCCUUACCUCAGCCGCCGCCACGUAAGAUCAAGAGGCCGAAGCGGCGUUACCGCAGCGAGGAGCCCACCUCCAUCAUGAACGCCAUCAAGCUCCGCCCCCGCCAGGUGCUCUGUGAUAAGUGCAAAGGUGUGGUGGCAUCAGGUGGCCAUCGGGAGGCGCGACGGGGGGAGGAGGCAACGCGGCGGCGCCGGCCAGCGGACGCUCCCAUGUCCUCGGAGUUGAAGCGUCUGAAGAUGGACGACAAGUCGGGGCGCAGUACCGACAAGCGGUCGUCAGGGUUACAGGGGCCACAGUCCUCACGGCGUGUCCUGAGAGGUGUGGUCUCCUCUUCUUCCUCGACGGCGGCAUCUGGCCGGAUGCGCCUGCAACUGAACUCUAAGAAGGGUUUGACCCCGGCGGCAGACCGCCCCGACGCUCGCAAGGUCCUCCAGAAGUUGGCUCCGCACCGCCGGCCCAAAGACCAGAACCAGGACCGUGGCAAGGCGGUGACCCGGGCCGCGACGCUGCAGAAUCACGGCCAGAAGGUCCACUUCACCCGCCGCUUGCAGAACCCGGGCGGUGCCACUGUCCCUGGGCCGCUGCCACCCAGAAUGCGCCUCAAACCUCAAAGGUAUCGUACCGACGACCCGGCGCCGAGCUCCGCCUCUGAGGCGUCGCCCCGAACCGCUACAAGCCCCACCCCCUCGCCUCCAGCUCCUCCCACCCCUCCCCCAGCCGCUGUCGCCAUAGAAACGAGUGACGGAGAGGCGCAGGAAGGAGCUGGCUGGCAGGAGGCGGAGCCUCCCCUGCCGUCCUCCUGCUCCCUAGACUCCUCCCACUCAGAGUGCAGCUCCACAGAGACCUUUGACCUCCCGCCCCCCGGGAACCCCCCCUCCUCUUCCUCUGCCCCUCCCCUACCCCCACCUUCCUCUUUCGUCCCUCUGUGCACCCCGCUGGCGGGCGAGGACGAGGAGGACGGCGACCCGAAGCGCCGCAGGAAGUCGUCCACGUCCUCCUCCUCCUCGUCUUCGUCCUCGUCGUCCGUCUUCUCCAAGUCCGUGUCCAAGUGUCUGCUGCCGGACGGCCGCACCGUGUGCGUCGGCGACAUCGUCUGGGCCAAGAUCUACGGCUUCCCCUGGUGGCCGGCACGCGUGCUGGGCAUCACGGUGGCGCGCCGCGGUGACACGGGGCUGGCGGUGCGGCAGGAGGCGCGGGUCUCCUGGUUCGGCUCGCCCACCACUUCCUUCCUGCCGCUGGCGCAGCUCUCGCCCUUCCUCGAGACGUUCCAGUCGCGCUUCGACAAGAAGAGGAAGGGGCCGUACCGCCGGGCCAUCGCCGAGGCCGCUAGCGCCGCCAAGCAGCUGACGCCAGAGCGCGCCGCUGAAGAGCUGCUGACGCUGGAGGCCGGCUUCACGCAGGGGCGGGGUCUCAACACACAUGGACAUCAAUAAUCAAUAUUUAAGGCAGAGUUUAUAUUUAUGAAGAAAAAUCAAUGUAUUGAUCUUACUGCUGUGUUUCCAUGGAUACUAGGUACAGGUUAUAGGUUCUUGCGUCCUUCAAUCAGAAAUUGAUCAGUUGAUCAACUCAGCUCGGCUCCUUAUGGAGAGUUUCCUCACCUGCAGACGCCAUCUUCAGUUGGAACCAGCAGGUGAGGCUCCGCCCCCAACCCCUCACCUGGGUGUGGCUCCAGGUGAAGCGGUGGGAGGGCUGAGCGGCGGCUCCACGCUGCACAGGCCAGAGAAAAUGAUCCGUUCUGAUCCAUUUUCAGACAAAAAUGAAAAAGUGAUACGUUUUUAUUUGGUUUUGAAUCGGAUGCAAAUUAUCAAAAUGUCGGACCAGAUGUGAUUCUCAUCUUUAUUGAUCGGGUUAACGUGACCCGGAAAUAUUUCUGCGUGAAAUGCCAGAGGUUUAGUGACACUGUGGAGGCGCUGGGGCCAAACAUGGACCUGGCAUGGUCAACAGCAGCCUGAAGCACGCAGAUGUUUCCUUCCUGCUGAGGCUGAGGGACUUCCUGCUCAGAAAUGAGCCGCAGAACAUCAGCAGAGAAGAAGACGUCGGAUGCUGGGGUUGGGAAGUCAACACAGGCUGUGACGAACUGGGAACCAGUCUGGCAGGACCAUCCCUCACUCCCCUGAAUGAUACCCAAAGCUCUGCUGGACAGGAAGACCGCCUGCUUCCUGUUCCUCUCAGUGUCUGGUUCUGAUUGGACGCUUCAGGUGACCAGGGAGUUUCUUCCUCCUUCACGUCCUCAUCCUCGCUUCAUCCAGUUCUACUCGUUGUUUUCAGCUCAUUUCAGUCUCACGAUGGUUCCUCUGGUCCAGUUUGGUCCGGUUUGCUUGUGCCUAUUCCGUUCUUUUUCUCUGGAAUGGUUGGAUCCGGUCCGUUGUGAUCUGGUCCAGUCUGGUCGGGUCUCUGUCCUCCAGCUACUUUUCUGGAGGCGUGGCAAAGCGCUGGUGAAUUUUGGUCCCAUGAGUCUGCUCUCCAAAUCAGCCUAUCAGAGAACAGGUUCUCUAGCAGCUGAUUCUCCCAGUGAUUAUUCAGAUCUGCCCAGUUCCUGGUCCAGUCAAAGUAUUUCAGUGGGAACUAAUGAAUUUAAUCGGGUCAGAGUGGAUAUUUAAACUGGUUUGGUCUGAAAUGGUUUCAAUGUCUGAAUUUAUUUCAAUAUUAUCUGAUUAAAACUGCUAUGUAGUUUAAUCUGAUCUAACCGGGUUAAAACAUGUUUAAAUUGGUUUAAACUGGCCGGAACUUGGUAUUAAUGGUCUGAAAUAGGUUAAAUCAUUUGGGACUGGUUCCACAAAGUUUAACUGCACCAGUAAACAAUCUUUUGAACUGGUGAGAAGUAGAUUAAAUGUGCCUGACAUGGUCAGAACUGGCUAAAACUGGUUUAACUGGUUAUAACUGCCUGACCUUGUUAAAACUUGUAUAAACUAUUUUGAACUGGGCUGAAGUUAGUUGAACUGGUUAAUACUGGUCUGACCUGGUCUCAACUGGUUUCCACACCUUCUGAAAUGUUCUAAACUAGUUUAAAUCAGCAUCCUGCGAUUGAACCAGUGGGAACUGGUCUGAACUGGUUUUAACUGGUUGUCUGAUAACUUUUUGAAGGUUUGAUUUUUUUCUUCUUUUUGUUUGAGUUGAAAAUGAUGCAGACAGGAAAUUGUUUUAAUAUUGUUUACAGAUGGAAAUGCAAUAAAAAUGCUGCAUGUGUGAAACA